GUCCCCACUGCCAUAUAUUCCAGUUCAAAGCAAAAAAAUGAGGGAUUUUAUUCAGCUGUGUGGGAGGGGCUUGUUUUCUAUUUAUCCCAGGCCUCUUCCACACAGCUGUAUGAAAUCCACAUUGAACUGGAUUAUAUGGCAAUGUGGACUCCAAUAACCUAGUUCAAAGCAGAUAUUUUGGAUUGUCUGUCUUGAUAUUCUGAAUUAUAUGGCUGUGUGGAAGGGCCCCCAGAUUAUCUGGCAGUGCGGACUCUUCUAUUUCAGUUUAAAGCAGAAAACCAGGGAUCAGAUCCUGGGAUAUAGGACCUGUCAGAAAGGGCCCUAAGGUCUCAUCUACACUGACAUGUAAAACCAGAUUAUCUACUUUGAACUGGAUUAUAUGGCAGUGUAGACUCAUAAUCCAAUUCAAAGCAGAUAAUGUGGGCCCCUUCCACACAGCGAUUUAACCCAGAAUAUCAAGGCAGAUAAUCCACAAUGCCAUAUAACGCAGUUCAAAGCAGAAAAUGUGGAAUUUUAUUCAGCUGUGUGGAAACAGCCGUGGAUUAUUUGCUUUGAUUUUCUUUCUAAGCUAUUUUCCCAUUUAAUUAUUUAUCGUGUCAGAAGCGAAUUGAGGGUACAAGUUGUAAUGUAUUUGAGAACACAAAGUUAUAAAACUUGGCAUUAAAUUCAGUGUUCUGUGACUAGUAGCUGGCCACUUGUAGUGCCUCUGGUGUUGCGAUAAGAAGGUUCUCUGUGUAUGUGGUAGGGCUCAAACUGCAUUGUAAUAGGUGGCCUGGUGUUUGCUCUUCUCUACAUUCACAUUUCAUGGUCUCCACUUUGUAGCUCCAUUUCUUAAGGUUGGCUCUGCAUCUUGUGGUGCCAGAGUGUGGUGCCGGAGCGCCUUCCAAGUGGCCCAGUCUCCUGUGUGCUCAGGAGGGAAUCUCUCAUCCAGCGUUAGACGCUUAUUGAGAUUCCGGGUUUUAGCUUACCACUUUUGGACUCUCGCUUGCUGAGGUCUUCCUGCAAGUGUCUCUGUAGAUCUUAGAAAACUAUUUCUUGAUUUAUGGUGUUGGCGUGCUGGAUGAUAUCCAAACAGGGGAUGGGCAGGAGUGUCUAUGCCUUGGUCCUUUCAUUGCUAGCUGCUACUUCCCGACAGAUGUCAGGUGGUGCAGUGCUAGCUAAACAGUAUAAUUUUUCCAGUGAUGUGAGGCAUAGACAUUCUGUGAUAAUGCGACAUGUCUCAUUAAGAGCCACGUGUUGAGAUGUAUUCCACGCUGGGCAUGCGUAUUCAGCAGAAGAGUAGCAAAGUCCAAGGGCAGAUGUCUUUACUGUGUCUGGUUGUGAUCCCCAAGUUGUACCAGUCAGCUUUCGUAUUAUGUUAUUUUUAGUGCCCACUUUUUGCUUGAUAGUCAAGCAGAGCUUCUUGUAAGUCAGGGCACGGUCCAGGGUAACUCCCAAGUAUUUUAGUGUGCUGCAAUAUUCCAGUGGGAUUCCUUCCCAGGUAAUCCUCAGAGCUUGAGAUGCUUGUCUGUUCUUAAGGUGAAAAGCACAUGUCUGCAUUUUAGAUGGGUUAGGGAUCAGCUGAUUUUCCCUGUAAUAGGCUUACUGAGCACCUAAAGCUUCGGAGAGCUUCUGUUCAACCAUUUCAAAACUCCCUGCUUGAGCGGUGAUGGCAUGAUCAUCAGCAUAGAUGAAACUUUCUGUCCCUCCUGGCAGUGGCUGGUCAUUUGUGUAAAUGUUAAACAUUGAUGGAGCAAGCAUUGACCCAUUGACGGGUUACCAUUGUGAUUGUAGUUUCCACAGGGCUUUGUUUGGGCUUCCUCAGGUCUCAGGUUGGCAGCACACAUGUCUUCGUUGAUGGUGUCCAUCCAUCUUUUGUUUGGUCACCAUCUCCAAAUGCAGUGCUGUUUGUGCUACUGGUGUUGGUUCUAUUCUCAUGACAUGGCCGUACCACCGUAAUCUUGCUUGCUGCAUUUUCUUGCUGAUUGCUUUUAUUCCUAGUCUUUGACAGAUGUCAUCAUUUGGCACAUGGUUGAGAAGUGUCCAUCUCGGCAUUUCCAUUUCCAUUGUGUUAACGGCUUGUUUGUGUUCCUUUGUUGCUGGCCAGCACUCUGUAGAGGGCUGACUACUGGGUGGACAACUGUAGUGUAGAUAUUAGCCUUGAGUUGUUAAGGCAUUUUUGAGUCACACAGAAUGGCAGUAGUUUGCCACCAUUUCAACCAGGCUGCAUUUAUUCGUUACCGUACGUCUGGCAUUGUGUUGCUAUCUAUGAAGACCAGAGACCCUAGGUAUUUAAAUCCGGUGGCCUUCUUUAGUGGUUGUCCAUUCAUUUGAAUUGUUUUUCCAGUUUGAAGGUCACAUUUCAGAUUCUCUGUUUUGGGUAUCUUCAAUUGAAAAUCAUUUUCACUGAGUCUAUCUAUCUGCUUUGAGAAUCUGAAUUAUAUGGCAGUGUAGAUCCAGCCUAAAACACCCAGGAUUCUGCAGUAUUGAGCCAUGGCAGUUAAAGUGGCACCAAACUGUAACAUUUCCACACAUCCACACAAUGUGAAGAAUUUCAUAUUUUAGAAUCUUUACUUACUACGUUCCUCCAACAUCAGUAGAGGAAUGAAAUGGGUGUAUCUCUGUGGUGUCUUAUUUAUGCUUGCUUUAUGUAAAUAAUGCAAAUACAUACUACCCUUUUACCGUAGGGUGUGGAGGAGUGGACUGUGUGUCAUCCUAGAUAUUUGUACACGUCAUAGCAUUCAGGUGCUACAGGUUUCAUGGACUUAAUUGCUCUGCCAUAGAUUUGUCUUGCUUUUUGUUGUUGUAUGACUUCUUUGAAGGCUUUUCAACAGAGGGCAUCUGUUGGGAGAGCUUUGAUUAUGCUUUUCCUGCAUGGCCGGGGGGGGGGGGGGGGUUGAACUAGAUGGUCAAUGUGGUCUCUUCCAAUUCUGUGAACAUUAGGAAGAACUUCUUGACAGUAAGAGCUGUUCAGCAAUGGAACUCACUGCCGUAGAGUGUGGUGGAAGCUUCUUCCUUUGAGGCUUAUAUGACUGUGUGGAAGGGCCUCCAGAUUAUCUGGCAGUGCUGACUCUUAUAUUUCAGUUGAAAGCAGAAAACCUGGCUCUCCUUGCUUUUCCUCAUUACUUAAAAGCUACAGAGCAAGCUCUGAUUAAGGGAUACUUCUGUGCCAGUCCAAAUAGAGUUGCGCCACUGGAGGUUUUGUCAAUGCCAGAGUGAAGACUGAAACGACAUCGCCUGUACUAAAGGUUAAUGAAUUCCAACACCAGGUUAAACAAAUGAAGCAAAACCCAGACUGGAUUAUUAUGUUUCUCAUGAGGAGUUAUAAAAAGGAUAAUUGUCUGAAGUAGUAGAUACUGAAGAGUUUAUACUCCUUAUCAUUGAUUAAUGAUCUUUCAUGUCAUUAAUCAUAAAACAGAUGAAAUGUGGAAAAGAAGGGACCACUGAAUUUUUUUUUGAUCUAAGUCAUACAUCAUGCAAAUAAAAUAAAACACAAAGGAAUAUUUACAUUAAGAAAGAAAAUGCCAAAGAAAAAGAAAAACCUAGGUGUGAGCCCAACAAAAAAAAUCAAAAACACAGAAACAAUUCCAGCUGACUUGAUGUCCUCAGCAGUUGAUCGAGCAAUGGUACAAACACCUCAUGGGACCAAGAAAGAGGAGCUCAUCAGCAAUCUUUCAGAAAUGUUUUCAGAUUUGGAUCCCACUGUCAUUUACAUGGUGCUGUCUGAAUGUGAUUUUCAAGUGGAAGAAACAAUGGAUUACCUUCUGGAAUUGUCCACAGCUGCAAAGGAUAUAACAUCCGAAGUCUCAGGUUUUGAUUCCAUAUCUGCAUCACUGGUUGGUGAAAAUCAGCCCUGCUCCGAAACAGAUGGCCAAAAUUCUGCUUCAAUGAAAACUGUGAACUCCAGUAAAGAAACUGAAACAUCUUUAUCAUCUGAAGAACUAUUUUCCUUGCUACAUAAUUCUUUGGGGGAACAUAAUGUAGAUAGUGAAAUGAAGGAUUCAGAAAAUGACCAGAUUUUGGGUAAUCUUUCUCUGGCUUUGUACUAUAGUAGUCCUGACUAUGUUAAGGAGUCAUCUCAACAUGUAAAAUCCAGUUUAGGUUAUAACACUAUGCUUUCUUCAAAACAAAUGGAAACAGACAGUGAAAAAUUAGAAAGCGCCUUUACACCAUUAAAUACAGAUUACUAUAAAGCCUCUGAUCUGAUUUGUAGAAAAUCAAACAUUCAGACAAAGUCUAGCCCAUUAGAUGAAGUAGAUAUUUUUGCAGCAGUCCCAGAGAGCUGUAGUUUGCCUGCAGUAGUACUUGACAGUGGUGUGGUUCUUGAAGGUAUUCCCCUAGCCAACAUGGAAGCAUCUGGUACUGACCCAUCUCAAACACAUAAUGUUGGUUUGGACUUUACAACUGUAAAUGGAAUACCAACUCAACUCCACCAGGAAUUUGCUGAAUCUGAGACAGGUGCAUUUGAUAGUUUUAGUUCACAAGGUGCUGAAAACCAGGCACAUGUCAUAGAUGUACAUCAGAGUCCUAAAAAUGCUGCUGUGCCUGAUCUCUGUGCAGGAUCUGGUUUAACAUUCACAUCUUUUAUGAGUGUUGACCCAACUCAGCAAAUGUGGAAUUCAGAAUUUUCUAUGCUCCAGAAGCAUGCACAACAGCCUAUUUUUUAUCCUUCAUUUUAUCCUCAAACUACAAGUCAUAGCUUUGUAACGCCAGUUGCAAUCAGCCCUGGGAAAUGGAGACCUGCUUCAGAUUUCAGAAGUCGUCGAAAAAUGUGUUCUCCUCAAGCAUUCUCACAAUCCUGGGACAACAACUCCUCUGUGCCAAAGGUAUUGGGGAAUAAAGAUGGAAGUCAAAAAAUGAACUUCUCCCAAUUACACCCACUUGCUGGUUAUCACGCAGUGAGAAGAAAGACUUCCUUUGCAGGUCAUGUCCUUGUUCUUCUUAGAGGGGUUCCUGGAUCUGGUAAAUCAUAUUUGGCAAGAGCUCUGCUUGAAGAUAAUCCUGGUGGAAUCAUUCUUAGUACAGAUGAUUAUUUUUACCAAAAAAAUGGGGAGUACCAAUUUGAUGCUAAUUGUUUAGCAGAAGCACAUGAAUGGAACCGAAAACGAGCCAAAGAAGCUUUCGAAAAACGGAUCACACCCAUAAUAAUAGACAACACAAACACUCAGGCUUGGGAGAUGAAGCCUUAUGUUGUUUUGUCACAGCAACACAACUAUAAAGUUAUAUUUCGUGAACCGGAUACUUGGUGGAAGUUUAAACCAAAAGAACUGGAAAGGCGAAAUAUUCAUGGUGUGUCUAAAGAAAAAAUAAAAAAAAUGUUGGAACGGUAUGAGCGUUGCCUGACUGUUAAUUCAAUUUUGAAUUCUUCAAUCCCAGAUGAAUUGAAAAGUGGAACUUGUGAUGAAAUUCUUCAUCAGAAAAAGGAUCUGGGGAAAGAAAUUAUACAUUCUUAUGGGGAUAAUGAAGAACUUUUUAUUUCACCUAUAAAAUGUCUAGAUGACAGGCAUUUCUUAGAAAAAGCUGCAGUAGAAAAUCAGAAACUUAAGAAGGAAAAACAUGAUACUACAUAUAAUUUACAAGAAUGUAGUUCUGAAUUCGGAGUCCAUCAGGAUGACGUGGAUAUUUACAUAUCAUCAAGGAAAGACAAAAUUGAUUCUUCUUCUGAAACAGAAAUCAUUAAAACUGACAUCACAGUAUUGAGAGGAAAGGCACUCUCAGAUUCCUGUGUCAAUGAAAACAUUCAGGAAUGCAGUAACAGUGAUUUCAAAGUUCAAGUAGAAGCAAGUCAGUCCACUGGAGUAGUAAUAGAAACAAAAUCAACAGAGGAGCAAUUUACGGACUUAAGAGAUUCAACUUUAGACAAACCAAUAAGGCCAGAAGUGUUCAAUUUUGUGGGAGACUGGCCAAUAGAACAAACUAUGGGGCAGAGGGUGAAAAAAGCCAAAAAAUUUACAAAGGAUCACAAAGAAGAUAAAGAUGCAAGCAUGACCACUUUGGAUUCAUUAAAGAUUCAGAAAGGAGAACAAAUGGGCCUGAUUGAUAUUCUGAAGGAAAUGGGACUUUCUGAAAAUAAGGAGGAUGACAAUCACCAAGCCUCUGCCUCUUUGUCCAGAACUGAUACAGAAAAAGGUACAACAGGAUGGCAAGUAGCAGGAGACUGGCCUGUCCAAAACUCUCUAGGACAAAGACAAAACAGACAGAAAAGAAUAUCUCAGAAAAUUCUUAGUGAAUCAGAAGGGAUUGCAAGUAGUCAGUGUGAUACCAACAUAAAUAUUCCAAACACGGUAGUUGGCCUUUCAGGAACAUGUGCAAACAUUGGUGAAAAGAAGGAAGGUUUUCAGACAUCUGAUAACUCAGUUCCUGACACUGUUUAUGAGAAGAAGCCAGUGCAGAAUAAAAGAAUACGGAAGCACCAUAAAUUAGCCUUGACAUUUACCAAUAAUUUGACCCUUAGCAAACCAGAGGAACAGUUGGCUUUGUUUAAUGAGCUGGAACAGAAACCUGACCAAUGCAUCAUGAUAGAAACCAGCAAGCAUUCACAAACAGAGCCUCAUGAUUUUGCUCUUCUAUGGAGGCUUGAAAGGAAAAUAGUUGUUUCACAGGAUACUAAAGUUUUACAUGGCAGGCUAGAUGGGUUCAUACCAAAAGGUAUUGAUGCUACCUCAGACUGUCCAGAAAAAAUACCUUAUAAAGUAACUUAUGAGAAAAGCACAUAUGUGGAAGAAAGUGAAUUUGUCAGUGUCGAUGAAUCUGAGAAUCUGAAUAUUUUGUGUAAACUCUUUGGGUCCCUUUCAUUUGAUGCACUAAAAGAUUUGUAUGAAAGAUGCAACAGAGACAUUGAUUGGACUACAGGAAUCCUGUUAGAUUCUGAUGAAAAGUUAGGCAAAGAUGAUGAGAUUGAAUGCUUGCAGAAGGGAGGUACUCCGUCUCUUAAGUCUGAAGAAAAUGUUAAUUGUGAAGGGGCUGUUGCAAACUCUGAAGAGAACAAGCAAGAAACGGUGGAUGUGAUUUCUAGAUUUACUUCAGAUUCUGAAAUCACAGGUAACUUAGUUGAUAAUGGACAACAUAUAAUGAAAGAAUCCUUGAAGGAAAAUGCUGAAAUACCCAACUUGUUAGCAAAUGUGUUGAUUGCUCCCUCAGAAAGAAACAAAAAUUCCAACCAAACUCUUCCAGAAGCUCUUGCAGAAGAAGCAGAGAAGGAGGAGGCACCUUUCUUAGAUCAUAUGAAAACACAUACAAAGGAGAUGUACUCUGCUUCAGUGUCAGUAAAAGAACAGCAGAACAUCACUUUACACAAUGAAAACAAUGUGUGUGUUUCUGCGAUGCUAUCUGAUAAUUUGAAUGGAGGCUUCAUCACUUUGAAACCUACUUUUGAUACGGUAACAGAUAAUACAUCUUCAGAUCAUCGGGAGUGCUCAGCUGUAAAAGAUACAUGUAUUCAGGAGGCGUUGUCUGAUGUAAAGCAAACAGAAAAAAUGGGAAAUAAUGGAGGCAGGUUUGAACAGCACAAAGAAAUGAAGUCUAAACCAUUGUUUUCAGAGGAAGCAGGAAAGAAACAGAACAAUAUGCCUAGUCAAUAUGAUGAUAUAACCAAAAUACAGAACCCAACACCUACGUCAAACCCUGUGAAUAUAGAUUGUUUGGAGCUGACCUUACCUCCAGAAUUAGCCAUUCAAUUAAGUGAAAUAUUUGGACCGGUUGGUGUUGAUAUAGGAUCACUAACUUCUGAUGAUUAUGUGGUUCAUAUUGAUCUCAAUUUGGCCAGAGAAAUUCAUGAGAAAUGGAAAGCAUCUAUUAUGAAGCGUCAAAAGAGAGAGGAGGACUUGAACAAGCUCCUUGAAGAAAAUCCUAUGCUACUUGAGCAGUUGCACCUAGAUGAGCUGAACAGUGCCCUUUGUCAAUAUGAAAAUAGUCAAGCACAAAAGACUGGAAAACUACCUCCAGAUGAAAUGGCUGGAAAGACAGUGGCUUCAGACAUUUUUCCUUUCAUGGACCACUGGAAUGUCCAGACUCAGAAAGUAUCUCUUCGGGAGAUUAUGUCUGAAGAAAUUGCCUUGCAAGAAAAACAGGAUCUGAAAGGUUUUCUUUUCAUGGCUCGAAAAGACUGUGCUGCCAGACUGAAAGAGAAACAACUCCUGGAACUAUUCCCAACGAUAAAUCCAAAUUUCCUAAUGGACAUGUUCAAGGACAACAAUUAUUCUUUGAAACAAACUGUUCAGUUUCUAAAUACCGUUCUGGAAGCUGAUCCAGUAAAAACAGUUAUUGCCAAAGAAACUGCUCAGAGUGCCAUUCUACCAACUGCUUUGAAGAAAAAGGUCAAAAAGACCAAGGAGCCAGAAGACAUUCUCAGUGAGAACGCAUUUCAAGACUUUGACUAUCCUGGCUAUGAUGACUUCAGGGCUGAGGCAUUUCUUCACCAGCAGCGCAGGCAAGAGAGUCUGACAAAAGCUGGGGAAGCAUAUCGCAUGGGAAUGAAGCCUGUGGCAGCAUUUUAUGUGCAACAGGGUCGCCUUCACGAGCAGAAGAUGAAAGAAGCAAAUCAUGCUGCCGCUUUGCAAAUCUUUGAGAAGGUGAAUGCCUCCAAACUGCCUGAAAAUCUUUUGGACCUUCAUGGUCUUCAUGUGGAUGAAGCUUUGGAUCACCUGAGUAGAGUACUACAGGAAAAAGAAGAAGAGUGCAGCCUGGCUGGUGGUAAGCCAUAUCUCUACGUGAUCACAGGAAGGGGAAACCAUAGCCAGGGAGGAGUUGCUCGCAUCAAACCAGCCGUUAUGAAAUACCUCACAAGCCACAAGUUCAGGUUCACAGAAAUAAAACCAGGCUGCUUGAAAGUCAUGCUGAAGUAAAUGGAUACUGGAAUAACAUCACAAUUUCUUGGAAUUACUGUGUACUUCAAAGAACAAUAUUUUUCUGUAAAUUGAUAAACCUAUUUUUUGCAGAUAUUUUUGGUCAUAUUACUUCCCCUUCCCACAUGACAACUGAAUGGGGUAUUGGUUUUUAAGAUAUUUAUUUUUGCAGGCCAUUUGCUCUUAAGAAUUGCGUUGUGAAGUGCAUUUUGGUUUCUGUACAAGAAAUGACCUUUCAAAGGGAAACAACAGUUCCAUCUUGCAACACCGUCCUUCUCAGAUUAUGGAACAAUAUCUGUGAAUGUCUGGAGCACUAUCCUUUUUGACAUUGUCCUUUUUGUAUUAGCAUUUUAAAACCUGGCAAGUUUUAAAUAUUUUUAGCUGCCAUAACACAUUGUAGUAACACAGUGGAGUAUCUUGCAUUUGUCCCUGUUGAACUUCAUUUUGUUAGUUUUAGCCCAUUUUUCUGAUAUGUUUAGAUUGUUUUGAAUUCUGCUCCUGUCUUCUGGAGUAUUAGCUAUCCCUCCCAGUUUGGUGUCAUCUGAAAACUUGAUAAGCACACCCUCUAAAUCACUGGGUUCUCAACCUGUGGGUCCCCAGAUGUUUUGAUCUUCAACUUUCAGAAAUCCUAACAUCUUGUAAACUAGCUGGGAUUUCUGGGAGUUGUAGGCCAAAACACCUGGGGGCCCACAGGUUGAGAACCACUGCUCUAAACCAUAGUACAUCAGGGAGGCAGGAAGCAUGAAUGAGACCAUUUGGGAAGCCAUUCCUCUCCAUCAGGCCGAGGCUGGAGAAACAAUUCCCAACUAGCUUCAUUCACAAGGCCUUCAAAACCAAGGGAGCACACCUCCCUGUCCGGCCUCCAAGGCUCUGGGUUCCUUUGGGCCUUUUCACGCAGGUGGGAUGAUGUGUUCCAUUCUAACCACACCAUUAAAUCUAAUGUGCACCUCCAUUUUGACAACGAUUUAGCUAAAAAAGGUGAGCGUUAGACUCAAGUAAAUAUGGUACUAGGACUAAUGUUUUCAAAACUAGAGGUUUUGACUACAUAUAAUAUAGUAGGAUUUAAAUAAUUUCAGGCAUUUUAAUGCAUGUUAUAUAUAACCAUGAAAAUAAAUUGCAUGCAUACCCAGUGAGACUUUUUACAGAAGUUCUUAGUUGAAAUGGCCCUAGUUUUGAUGCCUGCUUCUACAUUGCAUUAGUCUAAGGGAGUUCCAGUCUUUCUAAAGAGAACUUUGAGUAAAAAUUGUUUUUUAGACAUGGAUCUGCCCUCCCACCACAAGUAAAGGGACUAUUUAUAAAUUUUUAUCUUUAAAAUCCAAUAUAUUGAAUGUGUGGAAGAGGAGGUAGCAGAGAUCCACAUUGCCUUUUGAAUUACAGAUAUAUUGACUUAUAGGGAGAAGGGAAAUAUUUCUUCUAUUUUUAUAGAUCAGGGAUUUGAAGUAUUUGUAGGGAGGUGAAUGUAGACAGGAAAAUAUAUCCAUCCAAGUGAAUUGUAAUGUAUUUGCUAACAUAAUCGACAAAUGUUGACUCCCACUUUUUUAAAAAAAAAACCCUAUCUAGAUUGCAUUUGUGCAAGAAUCCUUUGUAGAGCAGGAGUGCUUCACCUAUUAUGCCCAAGACCUAUAUGUCAGUUUUGCUUCAUAUAUUCAUGAUAGAAGAUCAUGUAGUACUUAAAAAUAACAUGAAUAAGUGGAAAGUGCUCCAGAUGAAAACCCCAUUCUAGGGAGUUCUGAGAAUUGUAAGUGCCAUUUUCAAGCUUUUCCUAUGUCAAAAAGAUUCACGUGUUAAGAAAACUAUGGUGUGAAAAUUUCAAGUUACUUAUGCUACACAGGUAUUGAUGACAGAAUUAUAAGAUGUGAUACAUUUGAUUGUUUUUCUGUUAAGAUUCCAGUUAGAAAAUGUCUACAUAAAGUAGUUUUGCUCAAAUCAGCCUCAUUUUAAUAAGACUUGCCUGUGACAGUGACUAGAAUGGUACUCCUCUCUGUGUGCCAUUAAGGUUCUAGUAGAUUAUUGAAAAAUAGCCAUAUGACAGAUGAAUUAUGCAUCCAUAAAAAUACUCUUGGGUUUGCUGAGGAAAUUAAAAAUUAAAUCUGAAUAUAAUAUCUUGUGCUCUUGAAGGGCUCAGUAAUACCGCCAUAAUUGUUCUGCUUUCCUAUUAAACUUAAUAGGAAUCCCUGAUCUGCGAAGAGCCAGUGAUGGUUACAGUCUUAACAGAAUUUGAAGGGCUGCAUGAUUCCUGCCCUUGCCUUAAAUAAAUUAGGAUCGGUGUUUCGCUGCUAAAUCUCUGAUCAUUGUUUUGCUGCUAAAUCUAUGUUGUAUUGAAAAGAAAUGUACUCAGGGCAUUGGGUUUUUCCUGAAAAGUGCCUAAGGAAAUGAAAGCCUUCCCUCAAAUUGUUCUCAGCAGAUAUUUACAGAGGGAUUUUAAGUAAGGUUUCUAUUAAUCAUAUGCAUGCAGGUCAAGUUUCAGAACCUAAUAUCUACUUGUUUCCUAUCACAUGAGAAAAAAUACAUCACGGAAUAUACAUGAUACAUGAAUUUUAAAAUUCUUGGAUAAAAUAUUCAAGGCUGGUCCAUAUGCAUUAUGUACAUCUGUGUAUUUACUGCAUUUUUAAUGGAUGAACAGAUGGGAAAUACUGAUCACAUGCAUUACCUGCACAAUGAUUCCUAUGCUCAUAUUACCUUUUUUUUCUGGUCAUGAGAAUUAGGGAAAUUGCUGCAGGCCAUAAGCAGUUGCAGUAAUCCCAUACUAACAUUUCUCCUUAUGAUCCUGUACCAGGAUGAUGACAAAUAUUCACAAAAAAGCAGGGGAAAUAAUAUUGAUCUUUUUCUUUCCAAAGAAGAAAAAAAACUUUCGGGAGCCUAUUGAACAAGAAAAUAUACUGUUACUAUUAAAAUGUGUGGAUUUAAAAUUUAGUACUACUCAAAUCUUAUGGCCAGUACAUACAUGGAUUUCUUUGUCCUUUUAAAAAAUGUUUUACAUGCAUAAAGCUGUUCUGGGUUUCUGUUUUGUAAUGCUCCGUUGUUAUAGUAUAGAUUUUCGUAUGUGAACUUUAAAAUAAAAUACCUUAAUGAAGAAA